AUGGUUCCUAUGAUCAGAGUGUCUCCUACCACCGCAGAGACAGCCGCCUCAAUUGCUCCUAGUCCAGUAGCACUAAUGGAUCAGAGUACCACACAAGUAGAGCCAGCGACAACUGUACCCCCAUACGUGGCCAUAAAUCCUACACCUGACCUUCUGCUUGCGAUCCCAGCUAUGAAAGCAAGGACAAUGACAGGACUCAUGGUUGUGAAGCCCGUCACUUCCAGCUUCAGACAGGAAAAACACUUGAACACAUAUAAAGAACAACAUCAUACGAAACUGAACGAGAACAGUCACAAGAUGGCGACAGCUCUUCGCAGUCGCAGGCAACAGGCAACAAACCCCUAUCGACGUCUCAUGGUAUACCUGAGUUCAAUAGGGUCAAAGCCUUGCUCAGAGCAACAGGAAGAGAGUGAUAUGCUGUUGUUUUAG